CAGAGCUGUCUGCAGUGUAUUCUCCACCAACUUGGGAAGAAGUGAUUUUUAGAGACGGGCAUCAUGGAUCAAGAGGAAUACAGACAGAGAGGGAAAGAAAUGGUGGAUUACAUUUUUCAGUACUUGACCACGCUGAGAGAGAGGCGGGUGUCUCCUGAUGUGAAGCCUGGAUACAUGAGAGGCCAGCUGCCCCACAGAGCCCCCUUGGAGUCGGAAAGCUGGGACAACAUCUUCCAGGACAUUGAGAAGAUCAUUAUGCCUGGGGUUGUCCAUUGGCAGAGUCCACACAUGCAUGCCUACUUUCCGGCUCUCACCUCGUGGCCAUCUUUGCUGGGGGACAUGCUGGCAGACGCAAUUAAUUGCCUGGGAUUCACUUGGGCAUCCAGUCCCACCUGCACAGAAUUGGAAAUGAACGUGAUGGAUUGGUUGGCUCAAAUGUUGGACCUUCCUGAUAUGUUCCUGCACUAUCAUCCAGACAGCAGGGGUGGAGGCAUAUUACAGAGCACUGUUAGCGAAUCAACUUUGGUUGCUCUGCUGGCUGCAAGAAAGAAUAAAAUUCUAGAAAUGAAAACACUAGAGCCAGAUACGGACGAAUCAACUCUAAACUCUCGGCUCGUCGCUUAUGCCUCAGAUCAGGCCCACUCUUCCGUGGAAAAAGCGGGGUUGAUCUCCCUUGUGAAGGUGAGGUUUCUGCCAGUUGAUGAGAAUUUUUCCUUAAGAGGUGAAACUCUGAGAGAAGCCAUUGAGAAGGACAGAAGCCGUGGCUUGGUGCCUUUUUUUGUUUGUGCCACUCUGGGUACGACAGGUGUUUGUGCUUUCGACAACCUUGAAGAGCUGGGUCCAAUAUGUACUAAAGAGGGCCUUUGGCUUCACAUUGAUGCUGCGUAUGCAGGAACGGCGUUUCUGUGCCCAGAAUUCAGGCCAUUUCUGAAGGGAGUUGAGCAUUCUGAUUCUUUCACUUUCAACCCUUCCAAAUGGAUGAUGGUUCAUUUUGACUGCACUGCCUUUUGGGUCAAGGAUAAAUGCAAGCUCCAGCAAACCUUCAGUGUCAAUCCCAUCUACCUCAGACAUCCUAAUUCGGGAUCAGCUACUGAUUUCAUGCACUGGCAAAUUCCCUUGAGCCGAAGGUUUCGCUCACUGAAACUCUGGUUUGUGAUUCGCUCCUUUGGUGUGAAAAAGCUCCAAGCCCACGUCAGACACGGCACGGAGAUGGCCAAAUACUUUGAGUCACUGGUCAGAAGUGACCCCCUGUUUGAGAUCCCUGCCAAAAGACACCUGGGACUGGUUGUGUUUCGUUUAAAGGGCCCUAACUGGAUGACGGAAAAGGUCUUAAAAGAUCUGAACAAGUCGGGUAGCCUCUUCCUCAUCCCAGCAGUGAUUCAAGACAAGUUCAUCAUUCGCUUUACUGUAACGUCUCAGUUUACAACCCAAAAGGACAUCCUGCGAGACUGGAGCCUCAUCCAACGUGCUGCGGUACAAGUCUUUGACCUGUGUCGUACUCCAAAACCUGUUACCUCAGAGGAAGUCCCUGGCGCGAUAAGCAGCCCCAGUCCUAAACCAACUGGUGUCACUUCCCAUUUUUUCCUGGAGAAAGGUGAACGCAGGAUGUCAUCGCCAAGACGAGUAACGGCACAGCCACGAAGGGCAUCUCUCGGUUCUGCAGGGUGGUUGUCCACUGAGCAUGCUCGAGUGCCUGGGGAGCCUCCUUUGGAAGACACUUUUGUAGAGGAUGGCCUGAAUACCACCAGCCUCUCGAACUUGCCUGCGCACAAGAAAAAGACACGCUCCCUCAGUGUGCCAACAGCAGGCCUGUGGGAGCCAAGCUGUUCAAAGGUGGCAAGCUUCGAGGGCUCUGGGAAGAGUGCGUUUAACACCACUGAGAAAUUCCUUUCCAAGUUGCCGGAAGAGGUGCUGAUGCUCGAGAAAAGUGCCUUCAAGAAAUUCUUGAAAUUUUACCGUGUUCCUAGUUUCCCCGAAUGCACUGUUCAGUGCGGCCUCCAGCUGCCUUGCUGCCCCCUGCAAGCCACCGUCUAGUGCCUUAGCUCCUGUGGCCUUCCCCAAGUAGGCGAGAACCAAAGUCUGCUUAUUCUCAUGCAAUACAAUU